AUGACUGGUCAAUUACCUGGAUGUCAAAAGAGGAAAAAGAAAAAACAAGUUGAAUCGUUUAUUGCAUCACAAAGAGGUUCAUUAGAUAGAUUUGUGACAAGAACAAGUGCAUCUAAUGUUGAAAGUGAGCAAGCUAAUGUGGUAAAUGCAUCUAACAUUGAAAGUGAGCAAGCUAAUGUGGUAAAUGCAUCAAAUGUUGAAACUUUGAAUGUUGGUGAACAACCAAGUUUUUGUGUUGAUAUUUUCGAUCCUAGGUAUUGGGAAAACCUUGACAAUAAAAUGAGAGAUGUGUUAGUUGAAAAAGGGCCUGUAAGAGAAAUGAAUCUUGUGUUUCCUUUAGAUAAGAACAAUAGGCAUUUCUCAUAUAAGUAUUAUUCUAGGAAGCUGAAUAAUGGGGAAACUAGUGAUAGAAAUUGGUUGGUUUACUCUAAACAUGUGGACAAAGUUUAUUGCUUCUGUUGCAAAUUGUUUAAGUCUAGUGACUGCUCAAAAAUGCUUGCAAAUGAUGGAUUUAGAGAUUGGAAGCAUCUUAGUGAGAGACUGAAAGAUCAUGAGAGAAGUGUAGAUCAUAUGACUAACAUGAAAACUUGGAAAGAGUUGCAAGUUAGAUUUGAGAAAAGUCUAACAGUUGAUAAAGAACUACAAAAGGAAAUUGCAAAAGAGAAAAAACGUUGGAGACAAGUUUUAAUUAGAAUCAUUGCUGUUGUGAAGUUUCUUUCUAAACGGUGUUUAGCGUUUCGAGGGAAAAAUGAGAAACUUUACCAAGAUAGCAAUGGUAAUUUCUUAGGAGCUAUUGAAAUGAUCGCAAAAUUUGAUUUGAUAAUCCAGGAUCACAUUAGGCGCAUUAAGGACCAUGAGAUCCAUCAUCAUUAUCUUGGUCAUAAUAUUCAGAAUGAGUUUAUUUAUCUUUUGGCUCAUAAGGUUCAAAUUUAUAUUUUAAGAGUCAUUAAAGAGGCAAAGUAUUUUUCGAUCAUUCUUGAUUGCACACCGGAUGUGAGCCAUCAAGAGCAAAUGACUGUUAUAGUACGGUGUGUGAAUAUAUCAAAUAAGAUAGUAAGAGUAGAAGAGUUCUUCUUGGAGUUUCUAAAGGUAGAUGACACAUCAGGAUUAGGACACUUUGAUAAAUUACUAGAUGCUCUAAAGUCUCUUACUCUUGAUGUCGAUAAUGUGAGGGGUCAAAGCUAUGACAAUGGUUCUAACAUGAAAGGAAAACAUCAAGGUGUUCAAAAGCGAUUACUUGAUAUAAAUCCAAGAGCUUUGUAUAUGCCAUGUGUUUGUCAUAGUCUUAAUCUUGUGGUUAGUGAUAUGGCUCAUUCAUGUGUGAAGGCUAUUUCUUUCUUUGGAGUUUUACAACAGAUUUAUACAUUAUUUUCUAGUUCUACAAAGAGAUGGAAGAUUUUGAUUGACAAUGUUCCAAAUUUCACCGUGAAAUCUUUAUGUAAUACUCGUUGGGAGAGUCGAAUCAAAAGUGUUAAAGCUAUUAGGUUUCAAGCUCCACAAGUAAGGUCAGCUUUAUUGGAAUUAUAUGAGUCUUGUGAUGAUGCUAUGACAAAGAGUGAUGCUAAAAGUUUAGUCAUGGCAUUUGAUAACUUCGAAUUUAUACUUGGUAUGGUUAUUUGGUAUGACAUUUUGUUUGCUAUUAACUCGGUGAGCAAGAGUUUACAGUCUAAGUCUGUGUGCAUUGACAGUGCUUUAAAACAAUUGGAAGGUGUGGUUCUGUUUUUUGAGAAGUAUAGACAUGAAGGAUUUAAUUCUAGUUUGAGUAUAGCUCAAAGUAUUGCUCGUGAACUGGACAUUGAUCCUAUAUUUCCCAAAAAGCGUCGUAUUUUUAGAAAAAAACAAUUUGGUGAAACUGAUUGUGGUGAAGAAGUACAAUCAAGUGAGGAUGCUUUUAGAGUUGAAUAUUUUUUAGUUGUGGUGGACAUGGCAAUAACUUCGGUUAAGAACAGAUUUGAUCAAAUGAAUCAUUUCAAAAGUGUAUUUGGGUUUUUGUUUGAUUCGAUGAAGUUGAAGGCAUUAGAUGAAAGUGAACUACAUGAACAUUGCACUCAUUUUCACAAAACCUUUUCUCAUGGUAGUUCUUUGGAUGUUGAUUGUAAUGAUCUUUAUUCUGAAUUGAGAAUGUUGCAAAUGACUUUACCCGAUGUACCUAUGGAACCUAGUAAAGUUCUUGAGUUUGUUGAAAAUGUGGAUUGUUAUCCUAAUGUUUCCAUUGCAUAUCAGAUUCUUUUGACUACACCGGUGACUGUGGGGAAAAACGGCUUUUUCAUACCUCCACAAUAG